CGUGUCGUGCCGUUCGGGUCAAACGUUUGUCGCAGAAAGAACGUUUGUUUGCUCCUGAUUUUGCAUUCUGUUGGGCGUGACAUUGCUAAAGAGUAGAUGCAAUGGAUUCCGAUGAGGAUUUGGCAAGAAAACUGCAAGCUCAGUUUGAUGAAGAGGAAAGAUUAGCAAGGGAGCAAGAAAAUGAAGAUGCAAUCUUUGCCCAGAACUUAGCAUCACAGUCACAUGAUAUGUCUGAGAGUGAUGAGGAUGUGGUGGAAGUGAACAGGAAUGAGGAAGCGCCAGUGCGUGAAUUAGUAGAUUUAGACAGUGAUGUUGAAGAUGCUGAAAAAGAGGGAGGGUCUUCCAUGCAGAUGAUCGGUUCAACGUCCAAGACCGUUCCUCAGCACACCAUAUCAGACGACGAAACAGACAUUGAGGAUAUCGAAGCUGAAUCUAAUGCUGCAGAGAAGCUACAAAGUUCUCCAAGUAAAGAGUCUUCACCAAAGAAAGCACCAGUAGCUGAGCACACCUUAUCAGAUGAUGAAACAGACAUAGAAGACUUGGAAUUACCGACUGAAGUGCCAAAUAAGGCAGAUUCAGAUUCAACUGUUACAGAGAAGCAAACAAGUGAUUCAUUAACAAAGAAUAGGUCGGAGCACAGCAUUUCCGAUGAUGAUACCGAUACGGAGGAAUUAGCCGUCCAAGCUGAAGUGUCCGAACCCCCUAAGGCAGAGAAAGGGAAUGAGAAGGAACUGUCAACGUCAGGCAGCCAGUCGACUCCCCUGAGGAAAGCUGGAUCCAUGGAACAGGCAAAUUCUUCAAAGAAAAGACCUUUAUGCAAAUUUGGUGCUGAUUGUUAUCGCAAGAAUCCGUGGCACCUGGAGGAGUUUUACCACCCACACUUAGAGGAUAAGGAUGGCGCUGGAGCGAAGAGGAAGUCAGAAUCAUCAAACAGCAUCUCAGAGCCGGCAGAAAAACGUAGAAGGGAAUCAGAUUCAGGGAGCUCAGCGAGGAAGGGUUCAUUUUCCAACAAAAACAUGCCCUUCCCGGCACGCCUUGCAGCCAGCAGCCCCUUCAACUUCUUUGUGAACAAGAGCUACAGCAUAAAGGAGACUCAUGAAGACCCACUGAGCCUCGUCUUUCCUGACCUCCUCAAUCCGAAGUUGGGGGAAAUCGUUGAAUCUGUACAGCUUAAUUUCAUGGUGGAUUUAGAAUUCCUGAUGACCAAUUAUAAGGCUGGGAAAAUAGAGAGCAAACCCCUGCUCGUGAUGUAUGGCCAGAUGGAGGGCAACCCCAGGGACUACCCGGCCGUAACAUGCACAAAGGUAAACCUACCUUUCCAGUAUGGAACUCACCACACCAAGAUGAUGAUAUUCGAGUACACAGACAGCUUGAGGGUAGUCGUCCACACAGCCAACCUGGUGCCCAGUGACUGGUAUGAGAAGACUCAAGGCUACUGGAUAUCACCUGCUUUUCCUCUGCUGGAGGAAGGAAAGGCAGGGUUGUUGGAUGGAGAAUCACCAACACGCUUCAAACGCGAUUUGGUGGACUACCUCACAUCAUACAAAGCCCCAGAUCUUACAAGAUGGUCACACAUCAUUAAGAAAUACGACUUUACCAGCUGCAAUGCGGUGUUUGUGGGCAGCAGUCCAGGCUACCACGCAGGAGAACACAAGGACAAGUGGGGCCACAUGAAAGCACGCAGGGCCAUUCGGCAGCACGGCGGAUCUUGGACCUCCUCUGUGCCCGUCAUUGCUCAGUGUUCGUCUAUAGGGAGUUUGGGGAAAGACGCGAAGUCCUGGCUUAGUGGAGAGCUAGGGAUGAGCCUGACUGGAGCGCCUGGUGUCUGUGCAAGCGCUCCGAAGGUGAACGUGAUCUACCCGAGCGAAGAUGACGUGUGCAACAGCAGCGAAGGUUGGAUGGGGGGUUCAUGUCUCCCUUAUAAUUCUGGAACGCACGCCAAACAGAUCUGGCUUACCGAGUGUAUGCACUGUUGGCGCAGUGACAGGAGAAAAAGAACGCGAGUCAUGCCACACAUCAAGACCUACACCCGCUUGAACAAGAGCCAGUCGGCUGCGCAAUUUUUCCUCUUAACCUCGGCAAACAUCUCCAAAGCUGCCUGGGGUACACUCCAGAAGCAGAACACGCAGUUGUUUAUUAGAUCAUACGAAGCUGGAAUCUUACUUCUACCGAAGUUCCUUACCGACACCUCUGAAUUCCCAUUAAGUGCCAAGGACCUCUCGCUGCCUUACGACGUUCCGCUGACUCCUUACCCAAGCGGUGCGAUCCCCUGGUUCAUGAACACAGAGAAGAGCCGCCCGGACAUCUUUGGCCGAACUUAUCCUUGAUACAUGCCCUGUGUUGAUGGAGGAGCACAAAACUGCAGUAUCUAUUUCUCUAAAUCUUUAUCAAUAUUUUUGUUUGGAUGUAUGAAGGUAGUGGAGUUAUUUUAUUUUUUCUUUCUUUCUUUCUUUCUUUCUUUCUUUCUUUCUUUCUUUUUUUUACAGUCUUGUAAUUAAUUUUACCUCAUUACUUUUAUGAUCUGAUGAAAAUGUUUAUAGUAUGAGAGAGUGCUAGUAGUUUUUUUAAUGACAUUUGAGAAAAGACAAUAUCUAUAAUGUAUUUUUAUAACUUCUGUGGAGUUCUGAUACAUUUAUAAAGCUUUUAACCAUCUGAGAUCUGAAAAAAGUAGUUGAAAUUGCAAGCAUGUAGCUAUGUAUUAAGUGGCUUGCUGAUGUUAUUAGAUUAUAAUUAGGAGUUGCCAGCAUAAGCUAAACAGACAGUAAAUUUAGCAUUGUAAUUUAUCAUUCUGUGUUAACUAAAUAAGGGAGGUGUUCUUAUGACAAUCAGUCUACUUUGAACUUACUGGAAAUGUUUGUUUGAGUACACCUCUUCAAACACUUCACAUAGUCGUAUAAUUUUUUUUUUUCCUGCGGUGUCAACAUUUAAGAGCUUUAACAGCAUAUUUAUAUAUAGUGAUAGGGUGGGGCUUGGGGGGAAAGCCCCUGGUUAAGAAUUAUUUUUGUUCAUGUGGAUUUCCAGUUGAUAAUUGUGCUAGACAUCAAAGGGCAUAUAGCAUUAUGAGAAAGGUCAGAAGGAGGAAAUGAAGAAGAGAAGGAAAAGGAAAAGGGGAGAUGAAAAGACACCUGCAAAAUUAGUUGAGACGAGGGCUGAGGACCAAGGGUGGGCUGAUCCCUGGGUUUAGGCCUCAGUCUCCGUCUACUAAACCCCCCACGACAGCAACAAACAAGGCAUGGGGGGGAGUGUCUUAUAAUAAGGUGCUUUCUUGAAAAAUAUAUAUAUAUCACAUGUUCUAAUCAUGACAAUAAUGGAAUUGAAACUCUUGAGGUCUUCUUGUAUGAUGAUGAGAUGAGUUGACAUGUCAGCAUCAGGGUAUGACUGCAGUCAGCAGAUGUCUGGUUUAGUUUGCCCCUUUUUACUCUCCACAGAUGUGUCUGCUCCUAUUUACAGCUUUGUAUAUCUGUCUCUCUGUGUUGGUAAUUGUAGAGGACCUCCUCUUGCACCCCCAUGUAUGUAUUUUAUUCAUUCCUGCCUCUCAGAAAUCAAAAUAUCUGUAGAAGCAAUGUAUUAUCCACAAAUGUGUCCCAGCCGCAAGAAAGGGGCAAGAUACUGGGAGUCAGGCAUUGGAAGUUUAGGCGAGUGGACAUGGUAUCCAUUUCUUUAUUCCCAAGAGCUAUGAGAAUAUGAAACACGAUGGUAAAAUGUCCAGAGGAGCUCCUGUUCAGCUGUGGGUGAAGAAAUGUACCAGUUGACUAUGACUGAUAUAAAAAGAGGAUCUAUACUCUGGAGAACUUGUAGAAGACUGAUAUGCAUAACCACAUGUUCCACCUCAUUCCAAGUCAUUAAAUGCUCUCUUUUCCUUAUUUCUCUCACUUUUAAGAACCAUCUAAUCCUUAAAAAGUCUGUUGCAUUUUGGACCUCACUAAGUGCAUAUAUUGCUAUUUAGGGAAUGAACUGAGAAGUUUAUAUUUUUUGUAGGUGAAAAUGAUGUUCUUUUCCACACGUAUGCCAUAUGCCAUGCCAUGCCGUAUGUCAUGUUUGUCAGAUUUUACAUGUACUUUCCCCAGUGGCUAUAUCAGUGCUCUUUCAUUCCUUUGUAGUUAGAGACGUGAUUUAAGUUUUUCUUGUUAUAAUAAUAUCACUAGUUACACAAGUGUACUAAGCUGCCUUCUUGGUCAAGUAUUUUUAUUAAAAUAUUGAUGAAACUUGAGGCAUAUUUUUGUACUAUAAAUAAAUGGAAAUGUUUUUA